AUGUCGACGUGGUCAGUCGUCGAACGACGCGCGAAUGAACAUUCAUCCUGCGUGAAAUCCGCCGACUUGACGACAACCUCCGACGGACGCGUGAUCUCGCUCACGGCGAGCGCGGACGGCGAAGUAUUGGCGAGAGUACGCGCGGGCGAAGGGGCGAGCGCACGAUGGGAUCCGCUCGCUCGGGCGCGAGCGCACGACGGGUGCGUGAAGCGCGCUCGAGUGAGAGGCGAGAGCGUGGCGAGCGCGUCGCACGACAAAACCGCUCGAAUAUGGACGCUGCCGCGACGGAGCGACGGUGAAGACGAUGCACGACCAAGCACAACGCCGAUCACGCUCCGGGGACACUCCGACUAUGUGGUUGACUGCGUUUGGGCGGAGGACGCCGUGUUCGGAGACAUCGUAGCCACCGCGAGCGCGGACGGCAGUGUUCGAUUAUGGCGAGCUCAGAGCGGCGAAUGCCUGACAUCGGUCGACGUUCGUGACCACGGCGUGGGCUCCGCGACAUGCGUUGACGCAUGCGUCACGGAUGAUGCGCCAGGAACGGCCUCGGAUCACUGCGUGCUCGUCGUCGGCAUGAUGGACGGGACGGUGCGAUUCUAUCACGUGCGCACGGGCGAGUGCUGCUUGAUCCUUAUGGGACAUCUCGGUGCGGUGACGGAUGUGACGACGCCGGACUCUCCGAAUGAGAGAUCAAUUGUCGCCAACCGAAGACGCGCGCGCUUCGCCUACGGGUGUCGGGAUGGUUCAUUAGGGUGCUUUGACUUGUCCUCUUUGAGUCGCGCCGAUGGAGGUCGCACCGUCGCUGUCGCCGACGUCAGGCACGUCAUGCGACGCUCGUCUCAUCCGGAAGCCGAUCUCGAGUCGGCGACGAGGGUAAAAUUCAUCGAGCCGAGUGCGCACACUAUUGCUUCGUCCAGUGAGGAUGGGACAGUGCGCCUUUGGAACGUACAGAGCGGCACGUGCACGCACAUCAUUUCAGGACAGGCGAGUGGAUCGUCCAUCGACUGCGUGUCCAUGCUUGCGAAUGUUUUGACGUGCGGUGGCUCGGAUGGGAGCGUGACUGUUUGGGAAAUGGAGCAAGCCAAUGCGCACGAUGUCGUCAUAGAAGACGAGGCACCGCAGGGAACUCUCAUGACGCGCGCUGAUUUAGCGCUUCGAUGGCUCUUGCGCGAGAAAACAGUUCAAGUACGCGUCGACGACGCGAGUGACGUCGAAGAUGCAUUAUUGUCCGCGGCAUUUGAGGCUGCCGAUAGCGAAGCGCGAGCACUGCUCGCGGUGCACAUUGAUGAGGACACAAACAUAGAUUCGUGCAGCGUUUGUCGCGAGGCUUUCGAUGUUCAUCAAGAGCUCUCGCAGUUGCCGUGCACGCACGUUUUUCACACGAAUUGCGUGCUACCGUGGAUGCGCGUGAGUCACCAGUGCCCAUUGUGUCGUGAAGUGAAUUAUUAUUCGGGUGCGCCGCAAGAGUUGUCGUGCAUUCGCAUCUUCGAGUCGCGAAGAGGUGUGCGCGCGCUCGUGGAGGCAGAGUUUGUGCCCAAUUACGAUGCGCUUCCCGAAGUGUUGCGUUUGCUGCAGCAGGAGCUCGGUGUCUCGACCGAGCCGAUGCCUGAACUACGAGACGCGAACGCGGUCGCGCUCACGCCAUUUUCUCCUGGACCGAUCGCGAAUAUCAGGCGCUCACCGCGGAAGCUGAAACCUCCGCCACAGGAGCUCGUAUACAGGGCGCCGUCGAUGCCGCCGCCGAAACCGCCGACGUGGCACCAUUUUGCCAGGAGCAACAGUCAGCGUCGCGAGGUUGCGGUGCCUGUGCGAGUGAAAAACGGGUUCAUGAAACAACCGCAGACGGCACCGCGCUCGUCGGGAGGAGGAAUCAGUCGUAACGUAUCCGGAAAGCCUGUGGUGGUGCGAUCGACGCCAAGGGUGGGCCAAGUCAUCGGCGAAACGCCCGCGAUGCGUGCGCGUCCAGGAAUCGUUGCCGACACGCCGAUCGGCGCGCUCGGGUCAGGACUUGCGAACGGGGUACCCACGCCCGCGCGAGCGCAGUUACACACGCCGAGACGCAUCGCUUGGGGAACCCCAGCGCCGAAAAAAUCGCGCUUCAACUAG